AUGAUGAAAAUCUAAUACUUUGNAAUUUUUGGGCCAAUCCUCAUUUUAACUCCUGUAGUCUUUUAUGGAGUAUAAAAUUUAUUAAAAAAUUAACCUUAUGAUAAUUCAGCUAUUUGUAUAACUUAAAAGGUCACAUUUUAUAAAUUUACUUAUUAAUCUUUUUUAUAACUUGGAGAUCAUUAUAGUAAAUAAGCUUUAUUUUCAGCUGAAAGAACUUGUAGAAGAGCACCUAAAAUUCAAACUCUAUAAUUAAUUUACAAGUAAGCAAUUCUAUUUCUGAUGUAUUGAGAUUAGCACAAUGGAACAAGAUGAAUAGAACAAAUAAAAUCCUUAAAAAUAAAGAACAAUUAAAUCGAGUGGAAAACAUUAAGGGAAAUUUCGAAAACCUAUAACUCAUAUUAUUUAAAAUUAAAUAACUUUUAGCAAUCCAGUUUUUUCUGAUUUAGAUGCUGAAAAGUUUAAAUAGAUAAAAAGAUUUAAAUUUAGCAUAUCAAAUAAGCUGAUCUUAAAAAGUAAUAUAUUACAUAUAAUUUUUAGGUAGAAUCUGUAAUUUGCAAUUAAGAACUACUUUAAACAUAAUUUGCAAUUAAGAACUACUUUAAACAUUGAAAUCCCUUCUAUGUUAGACUCAAUAAAAAAAGGAAAAUGCAAAAUGCUUAAGUUUUUGCAUCAGUAAAAGAAAACAUAGCAAAUUAAAAAUCCAUGUAUUCCUAUCCAGCAGCUACACAAAUCACAUUUAAAGAAAAGUAGAUUUUGA